UUGUCUGCCAUCUUAUCGUGCAUGCACACACACACAAACAAACAAUAUUGCCCGCACUCAUCAAAUAAAUUAUGGCUCGUGUUCGACGUUUUUGAGUUCAAGAUGUCGCUCAUUUUUUUUUAAUUUUUCAGCAUCUUUAAUUUUAUAAAAUAAAAUAUUAUCAUCAAACGAAAAACUGUUCCAUCAUCAUUAUCAUCAUCAUCAAAUCAUUGGCAAAAAUGAAAUGGAAUUGUUCCAUAAUUUGAGCAUUGUUAUUUGAUUUUCGUUACUUCUAUGUUUUUGAUUCUGAAAAAAUCUUCCAACCGCCGACAGGACAACAAAAUAUGCUCAAUGUUCAACAAUUACCACCAACAACGCCGCGUGCGGCACAACAGUUACAAAAUUUGAUUGAUUUUGAACAAAAUGAUUCCGGUUAUAUUGGUCUAUUCUUACGUCAUCGGCAGAAUUUUGAUUGGUUCGAUAAUGAUUUUAAUCGACAAAUUCAUUAUGAACUUAAUUCAAAAUUAUUUGCCAUAAAUGAGCCAUAUCUAAUGAAAACCGAACGUGAUUCAUUGAUGAAGCUGAAAAAAUUGAAUGAAGAAUCAGCUAACAUGGUUGAUGAUAAGAAAAAAUCCAAUGGAACUUUAAGAAAAAGGAAAAAAAAUUUGGAUAAAAAAUUAGCUCUUUUGGAUGGUAAUUUUGGAUCAACUGAAGAAAAAAUAAUGGCUACCAAUUUGAUUGAAAAAUAUUUGAUUAUAAACGACGAAAGUGACGGAGGCUGUAAUGGUGGGAAAAAGAAUGCAAAGAAAACAUUGCUUAAAUCGAUAAAUCUAAAAGAAAUGAAUUCCAAUCUUGAAGCUCAAUCAUUCGUCGAUUCAUUAUUUUGCAAUCGUUUUGAAUCACUCAAUUAUCGAACGAAAUUACUUUGUAAUCCAUUCUCCAAAACAAUCAAAGCUAAAUUCGGUCUAUCGAACUUUUUAAUUCCACCAAGAUGUUCAUUUGCCGGUAUAGAUGUUAUCGAUGGUGUUAAAAUGUUGACCCGUUAUCUAAAACGAACUUCGAUCGAUAUGACCAGCUCAUCAAAAUCAUUAAUUUGUACAAGAAAUCCAUUCAUAUUCAUCAUGGAUCCAGCAUGGGAUAAUAAUAAAUCUGUAAAAAGAAAACGUACAUAUGAAACAGUUAGUCUUGAUUAUAUGCGACGUCUUUGUAAAGAAUCAAGAAUUCUACUUGAUCUAAUAGACAGUCUACGGCAAUCAUGUCCAACACAAAAAAUGUUGAAAAAACCUUCAUCAACAUCGAUUGUUUGUGCGAUUUGGACAACAAAUCUGGACAAAGAUUUUGUCAUUGAUGAAAUGUUACCAUCAUUAAAUUUACGAUUAUCACAUGUUCUUAAAUGGCAUAAAGUGACAAAAAUUGGUCUUCCAGUCAAAGUGCAUGGUGGACAAGAAUAUCUUAUAUUGGCAACAAAAUCAUCAAAAAACAAUAAUGAUGAUCAGAUAACAUCGAAGAAUAAUAAUAAUAAUAUUGAUAAUCAUAAAAACGGUAUAAUUGUAUCGAUACCAUCGGCAAUACAUUCACAUAAACCAAGUAUAAUGCCAAUCAUUCAUCGUUUGUUUGAUUUUAAUCAUAAUGAUUUUGGUGAUAUUCAUCCUGAUCUAACAUUACAUUGUUCUAUGUCUAAAUGUUCGAAUGUGGAAACGGCAGCUGCAGCUGCAGCUACUGCCAUCAAAAAUGAUGAUAAUGAUUUAAAUAAUCAUUAUUGGCUUGUUGCUAAUGAAUUUAUCAAUUAUCUAUGUGGUAUUGAAUUAUUUGCCCGUUAUUUACAGACUGGCUUCCAUUCAAUUGGUUAUGAAUGUAUUAAAUUACAGAAUGAAAAAUUAUUUGGACACAAUGAUGAUUGUUGAUUUGAAUCAUAAAUUUUGUUUGUAUGGUGCCUAUAUAUGAUGUAUUUCAUUCAUAUAUUA